CUAGCGGAAGGUGGCUUCUUUAGCAAGAUGGCGGCGAGCGGCCUCCGGCGGGCCGCUGCUGCGGCUCCCACUUCAGUGAAGCCCAUGUUUAGUCGGGACAUGAACGAAGCCAAGCGGAGGGUGCGCGAGUUGUACCGCGCCUGGUAUCGAGAGGUGCCGAACACUGUGAACUUGUUCCAGCUAGACAUCACCGUGAAGCAAGGACGGGAUAAAGUCCGAGAAAUGUUUAUGAAGAAUGCCCACGUCACAGACCCCAGGGUGGUGGACCUUUUGGUUAUUAAGGGAAAGAUGGAACUGGAGGAAACGAUUAACGUAUGGAAGCAGCGGACACACAUCAUGCGGUUCUUCCAUGAAACAGAAGCGCCGAGGCCAAAGGAUUUCCUUUCCAAGUUCUAUGUUGGCCAUGACCCGUGAAGUCAUUCAGGGAAAAGGUGCAUGUUGAUAUUUAAAUAUUUUAGAGCACAAAUAAACUCAGUACGUGAUGGUCACUUCCUAAUAGAAUUCCAUUGGUGAGCCAGUGGGAAGUUCCUCUUCUGCAGUCUGUCUCACUUUUUGCCUGAACAAGUGGGGUCUUAGUAUACACACCACCUGUUCUUUCCCUUUCCUGAAGUGUGGUGUUUCCUGUAAAUUAGAUUCUCUUUUCUCAGAGCUUUGCAUGUCAGUAAACAGGAAGGAUGAGGCCAUCUGCUCAGAAAGUAUCA